AUGGUGUCGUCUGAAACUAAACUCACCUGGAAUCUCCAACAAGACCCUCACAACAACAUAGAGGAGAACACAGAUCACACCUUCACAACUAAAAUCCAGAAGAACAUCACUCUGUCAGACACACAUGAUGGAUUUACCAUCAACUGUUCUGCCACAUAUCCUGUGAAUGAAGGAAGAGAAGUCAAGACAGCAGAGGAGAGAAAGACUCUCAAUGUUUCAUAUGCUCCCAAGAACACCUCAGUGUCCAUCAGUCCAUCAGGUUUGGUGUCAGCAGGUAGCUGGGUGAACCUGACCUGCUCCAGCAGAGCCAAGCCUCCCGCCAGCUUCAGCUGGUUCAAGAACAGCAAAGACGGAGCCAUCAGUGUAGCUGAAGGAGACUUUUACAGCUUCAAUGUGACAGAUGGAAGAGUGUAUUACUGUGUUGCCACCAAUGAUCUUGGUAAUGAAACAUCAAUAAUCCAUCUUAAUUUUAAAGGUGAAGUUAGCUCUCAAUUGGGACCAAUUCUAGGAGGAAUCAUUGGGAUCGUCAUACUCCUCUGCCUGGCUGUCUGUGUUUGGCGCUUAAAGUCGACACAUCCAACUGCACAACAGACUCAGAGUCAAACAGCUGAAGAGCUGACUGUUAAAGAGCCAGCAAGAAAAACACAAGAAGAAGAAGACAUGCAUUAUGGAGAGAUGGACUUCUCCAGGCGGAGACCUGAACUGUCCUCGUCCUCGGAGCAGGACAGAGGACAGCAGCAGGACACGCUGUAUGCACAGGUCAAAGUGUCCCAGACAGCAAACAGCCGAACACAGACUGCUGACGGCCCAGAGGAUCUCUAUGCUCAAGUGAAGAAAAAAUGAGUGCUGUUGUUAAAAGACAGAAAAUACAUUCCUGUACAAUUCCAUGUGCCUUAAUGUUCUCUUCGCUGCCUACAGUUCAAUGGAGAGCCACUAAACCUUCCCAUCCUGCAGUUAUUAACAUGUUCAUAUACGUGUGUGCUGAACUCACACAGCUGUUUGUGUGUGAUUUGGUAUUUAUGUCAGUUGUGUGCAAAUAAAAGUCCCAAAGCUUUAAAUAAU